CACGUUUUGUUUAUCGUUCAAUUUUAGUAGUUAAUUGAUUUUAGAAUAAGAAUUGAACUACCUGUAACUUUUCGAUGGCUCCGCCACAGUGGAUCCACUGCAAUCACUGCUACUACCUGUUUAGUAGAAAGGACCGCAAGUUCUAUCAGACCAGUUGCCUUCACGUGCUAUGCCGGAAUUGCACAGUUUACACCAACCGCGGCCAGUCGUGUCCGAUAUGCCAACGGCAGGGCCUGAAAUUUCACGAAAUCGCCAACGAGAUGGACCCCAAGGAAAAAGCCCUGUACAACCCGGAACCGUUCAAGCCGAUCGAGGCGGCCAGCAAGUCGAUCAUUUUUCAAAUGAAGCAGAAAAAGCAUCUGAUCCUGCAGCUCGGGACCACCGGGGAAAAGUUGCACAAAGCCGACCAGAUGGAGCAGCAGAUGCGGGCAAAGAUCGUGGACUAUCAGCGCAAGUUUGACAAAUGUCGCGAGCAGCGCAAAAGCCUGCAGGAGGCCAUCCGGCAGUCGCAGAGCGCGGGUCUGUCGCCGGAAAGUGCCGAACUGUUGCUGCAGUCGCGCGGCAGCCGGGUUCGGCCACCGACCCAGGGACAGAGCAAUUCCUCGUCCGGGGAAGAGUUUUUCGAUUCGGACCGGCAGUCCAGGAGGUCAAGGGGAUCGCAACGCUCCCGCGACUCCUUCCUGGACAUGCGCAAGGACAGCUCCACCUCCUCCGACUCGUCCUCGUCCCGGCCACGCUCCGUAGACUUUGGCUCGACCCCAUCGAGCAACGUGUCGCCGUCGGCGGGCCGCAUCAGCGACCAGCUGCACCGGAUGCAGAUCAAGCGCACCUGAGGGU